UUCCAAAGAAGAAGAAGAAGAAGACGACCGCGCGGAAGUAAAUCUUCUGUUUAUUUUUUUGUAGACGGUGAGUGCUGGUUUUCUCAGAGUCGCCUCUCAUUAAUCGCAGUUUGUAAAAGAUGGGACGCAGAAAGUCGAAGAGAAAACCCCCUCCCAAGAAAAAGAUGACGGGAAACCUGGACACCCAGUUUACCUGCCCCUUCUGUAACCACGAGAAAUCAUGUGACGUUAAGAUGGAGCGAAGUCGAAAUACGGGGAUAAUAUCCUGUACUGUGUGUCUAGAGGAAUUCCAGACACCAAUAACCUAUCUCUCAGAGCCGGUGGACGUGUACAGUGAUUGGAUAGACGCUUGUGAAGCAGCCAAUCAGUAGUUUUGCAGGGUCAAAUGUCACAGAUGACCAAAUACACUUAAAGACUUUAGUUUGUUUGUUUGAAACUUCUGUAUUGAUUCACUGUUCAAUUUUGAAUUGAAGCUGAAAGAAUGAUCUAAUAAAGCCACAGAAGGAGGUUCAGGCAACAUUGAGAUGAUGGUUUCAAAUCCAGCCUUUUCCCUUUUGUUUAGGGUUACAGAAAUGCUGAGAAAAUGCAACAGAUGUCAUUAAUAGCCAUUUUUCUGUUUUCAUUGGUUUCUACUCUUUUAGUUCAUCUUGUGUAUUUUACAAUUUAGGUUUUUAUAAGACCAUGUAGUAUCAAUAAAUCAUUUGCAUAUUCUCUCUUGUGGAAAACUGUGGUCUGUUUCUGUUGUGCAAUCAGUUAAAAUGUAAUGUUACAAACAUUUCCGUUUCAUGAAAAUAAAGACAAAUAAUUUGAAA